AUGGAUUCUUCUUCUUCAUGGUCUUCCAAUUCUCGAUGGAUACGCGACGUGUUCAUCAAUUUCAGACCACAAGACAAUAGCAAUACUUUCGUUUCUCAUAUAACUCACGCCUUCACAAAAGCCGGAAUCAACGCCUUCAUCGACGAUCAGCUUCACAUGGGAACCGAAUUGGAGCCAGAAUUACUGCGAACUAUAGAAAAAUCUCGUUUAUCAAUCCUUGUUUUCUCAAAAAACUACACUGAAUCUAGCUGGUGUCUUAAAGAACUGCAAAAAAUCAUUGAAUGCCGCAGAAAUCUUGGACAGCGGGUUGUUUCUGUAUUUUAUGAUGUUUAUCUAUCGGUUGUUCGCCACCAGAAUGGUAGUUUUGGAAAAAAGUUGAAAGCUACUGCAAAAAGAAUAUGUUUUAAUUCAAGAACAAGAAAGAGAGAGAUGCUCACUAGUUGGAAGAGUGCACUCAAAGAAGCUGCUGGUUUUUGUGUGUCUUAA